UCGACUCACUUGUCGUGCUUCAAUUUUGCGAUACAUUCAUUUUAAAAAAAUUCGACCAAAAGUGUGGAACAUUCAUUGCAUACCAACGAACUAAGUUGCGAUUCCAUUAUUCUGGUUGAAAUUUCGCGCUACAUGAGAGAGCGAGAACAAAAAAACAAUCCAAAUUCCAAUCUUUAAUUAGCACAGUGUUUACGAAAUAUUGUGGACAAUAAAUUUGAAAAGUAAGCAUAAAUCAAAGUAACGAAAUUAAGAGACGAAAAAAAUGGUGUCAGUGGAAACGGUCGGAUCGAUAUUUUUGAAGGUGUUCAAAUUGGUAAUCAAUUUGGUCAUCUUGUUGAUGUAUCGCUUUGGAUACGCUGGCGAUUUCCUUGGAGUUGGUGGCACAUGGAACCUAAACGAAGAGAAAAGUGCUGACGCUGAAAUCAUUGCGUCCGGUGUGUUUGUUGGCUUCUUUGUUUACACUGGAGUUCAAAUGAUCGCAUAUUUGUUCGGUACCACAAAGCACAAGAGAGAGCUCUCUGACACAAUCAUGAAUGUUGUUGGUGCUUUCAUGUGGGUGUCAGUUGGUGCCACCGCAUUGCAUUACUGGCAAGGCUAUAUGGCUGAUCACGAUCAAUUGGUUGUCGUUCAUGAACGUACCGUCGGUUUGGUGCUUGGUUCACUGUGUGUUCUGUCCGGAGCUUUGUACGUGGUUGACACCGUUCUGGCAUUCAUCCAUUUUGCAAAAUAAAUGACAGAUUCAAGUGUAUUCCAAUCUAACCAUAUGCAAGAGUGUCCAGAAUUAAAUUAUUUUUACGCGGUUCAAUU